ACAAUAUUCAAUUCUAUGAAGCUUCACAAAAGUUUAGAAGAUAAAAGUAAGCGCAUUAAGGCAGUUCUAUUUUGCUUAAGUCCUGACAAGAAAACUAUCAUCCCAGAAGAAGGCAAGGAGAUCUUGGUUGGAGAUGUUUGUGAGACUGGUGACCCAUACAAACGCUUUGUGGAAAUGCUGCCAACCGAUGACUGCCGUUAUGCUCUUUAUGACUGUACCUAUGAAACCAAGGAGAGCAAGAAAGAGGAGCUAGUCUUCAUUUUCUGGGCUCCUGAGUGUUCUCCACUGAAAAGCAAAAUGAUAUACGCCAGUUCUAAAGAUGCAAUCAAGAAGAAAUUAACAGGAAUCAAACAUGAAUGGCAGGCAAACUGCUUUGCUGAAAUAAAGGAUCGUAGUUGCCUUGCUGACAGACUUGGAGGUAGCAACGUCAGUAUAAUCUCUGUGGAAGGAUUUGCUGUGUGAAGACCUCAUUGCCUCCUCUCCCAGUGUCUGUGCCACUUCGUAAAGGGGCUUCCAUGUAACCAUAUUCCCUGACAGUGUCUCCUGUUCCCAGUCCCUGAAAGCCUUCUUGAAGAGGGAAUCGUUCAUUCUACAGGCAGCCUUCUAGAAGCCAUUCACUUGCAUACAUCCACAGUAUAUUGUGUUUUUGAAGUUAUUUAAUUUUGAUUUACAGAGGUAGCCUUUUCUUUCUAACCACAUAAUUUUGUCCCUUUUUUAUUCUGUGCUUGUCGAGUUAUUUGCCAAAUGCAGCCUGGCGUCUAAUCUACUCUCCCACAUUCCUGUAUUUACAAGACAAUUUGGCUAUAUCAACCUAGAUGACCAAAAGUGAUAUUUGGGAUCAAACGGCACAUUGCUUGUGGCUGGCUAUCCUAUUUUCACAUUUAUG